AUGCUCCGAGUGGUUCGACACAGCGGCGCUCUGCGACUCGGCCGAGCAGGCCUCCACAACUAUUCGCCCCUGCUCAACUCGCAACAACCGCACAGCACCGACAAGCAGCAGAAUGUGCCUGAAUCGUUUCUCAAGGGCCAGAAACAGCGAGAGAACCACACAACCAAAGAGGGACGGUCGCCCGGGCCCCAUUCCGAUCUCGAGCCCCUGGAAGACACAAAGUACUCGGCGGCAGCCCGACACUACAUCAGAGAGAAGAGAGCCGAGGAACAUCUCAAGAACAGCCCCGAGGCCGAAGAACCACUAAACGACGCCCGGCUGCAGUUUGCCAAGGACCCCUCCAUCAAGCGAUACCUGGACGCCAACCUGGGCUCCAUUUCUGCGCUCACCAACUUUUCGGACCUACCUCAGAACUUUGGAAGCAACCAGCAGAUUCCUCUGGACGCAGACCUCCGAACCACCCUGCGCCAAGUGCUGUGGACCUUCAAGGCGCCCAUCCGGUACUCGUUUGCGUACGGCAGCGGAGUGUUCAGCCAGGGCAAAGAGUCCAAUGCCUCCAAACCCCAGGUCGAUCUCAUCUUUGGAGUCAAGUACCCCAACCACUGGCACUCCCUCAACCUGAAGCAGAACCCCCACCACUACUCGGGUCUCAAGUAUCUUGGAUCUGACGCAAUCGCAGCCAUCCAGGAGACCGCUGCUGGCUGUUAUUUCAACCCCUACGUUGAGAUCAACGGCCUGAAGAUCAAGUACGGUGUGGUGUCCAUGGAAACUCUCUCGCGUGAUCUCUCUGACUGGAACAAGCUUUACAUGGCGGGCCGAAUGCACAAGCCAGUGCGGAUCCUGCGAGAUGACCCCCAGAUGCGGUUUGUUAACCAGGCCAACCUCAUCAGUGCGCUCCGAACCGCGCUGCUUCUGCUGCCCAGACACUUUUCCGAACUGGAUCUUUACAAAACCAUUGCCGGUAUUUCCUACAUGGGCGACCCCCGAAUGACUUUUGGUGAGAACCCCCACAAGAUCAGAAACAUUGUCGAGAACCAGUUUGCCAACUUCCGACGGCUCUACUCGCCCAUCAUGGACACCCUCCCCAACCUCAGUCUACAGAGCGUGGUUGGAAAGAAGCUGGACGACAACUCGAACCUUGAGAUUGGAGAGCUGGAACAGGACAUGGACGCUACCCGACGAGGUAACAUGGUUGUUCGUCUUCCCGCAGAGUUCAAGAGCAAGCUCUACACUCGAUAUGCACACAAGGUCGACCGAUCGACGCUUCCCGACGACCCCCACUUCAUGGAGGCUCUCUCUCGAGGAGAUGCCUCUGGCUCCGGCUCCAUCGCCAACAACCGAUGUUCGGAGUUUGAUCGAAUCAUUGCAUCCGAUCCGCAUCUUGAAAGAGAGGCUGCACGUAUCAUUCGACACACGGUUGGAUGGACAUCGGCCAUGCAGACUUUCAAGGGCAUUUUCACGGCGGGUCUCGCCAGAAGCGCAAAGUACAGUCUCGAGAAGAUCCGCAAGGCCAACAAGGCUAAAUAG